AUGGACACCUUGCUCAGGGAUGAGCGCAUCCGACCGCCGAGUCACUGGUGCGCGAAAUCGUCACAAGCGCGCCCGCGCGGCCCCUCGAAGCUGCGCCGCAGGAACGAGGCGCAGGCCCUGCCGCGCUGCGCUAUCAUCUCCACCAGGUGGUCUUCGAGCACCAGCAGCGGCGUCAUCGGCAGGCUGAACGUGGCGGCGAUGUUGAAGCUGUCCCAUUGUCAAACGGCGCUGUUCGGGUAG